GCCAUAUUGAUUUUUUUUUGUCAAUGUUGAAAACACACGUUCUUAAAUCGUUGUUCAAUUGUAUGUCCAACUUUUCGUAUCAUUGUUUUAUAUUGUGGUAUCUGGUUAUUUCUUUAUAGUUACUACCUGAAGAAUAGCAACACACAACAGCCAAGAUGCCGCGUAUCAUGAUCAAGGGGGGUGUAUGGCGAAACACUGAGGUAAGUUGGCGUAGCUAACGCUAGUACGUCUGCUGCUAACUAGCUUCCAACUAAUAUUCAAACAGUUUUAGUUAGCUAAAUCAACUCCAGGUUAAUUAACUACCAUGUAAAUGUCUUUACUGAAUUAGCUACUCAACAGCUUGUAAUUCACUGGAUCACUUUAGCUAACAUUAGCUGGCUAGUCAGCUUGCUGGCUAACAACAUUAGCCGUAAUAGCUAACUAGCUGAACUUCAAUGUAACGUGAGCUAGUUGACACUAGCUAGCUAGUAAUAGCUACUAGUUAACACUGUCUUUACAUUGUUUGUCUGCAGUUGAAACUGAAUUUUACUCGGGGAUCAGUGAACAAUGAAUUCAUCAAUAAAAUAAUACCUCCUCCCUCUUUCUCCCAGGAUGAGAUCCUGAAGGCAGCGGUGAUGAAAUAUGGGAAGAACCAGUGGUCUCGUAUUGCCUCCCUGCUGCACCGCAAGUCUGCCAAACAGUGCAAGGCCCGCUGGUCAGUGUGUGUGGUGUGUGUGUCAUAGACAUUAAAACCGGUGUGUGUGGCAUGCGUGAUAAGCUGAGCCCCAACACCAAAGAAGACUGAGUGGUUUCUGUGUGUGUGGAUAGAGUUUUGUGUAUUUAAUGUGUUUGUGUGGAUAAAGUUCUGUGUGUAUCCAAUGUGGUGUUUUUGUGUGUAGGUAUGAGUGGCUGGAUCCCAGCAUUAAGAAAACUGAGUGGUCCAGAGAAGAAGAGGAGAAGCUACUCCAUCUGGCCAAGCUUAUGCCCACCCAGUGGAGGACCAUUGCUCCUAUCAUAGGACGCACCGCUGCCCAGUGUCUGGAGCACUACGAGUUUCUACUGUAAGACCCACGCAAAAACACUUUCUCUCAGUGUUCAGAGAAGACCUCUUGGCGUGCAUGUUCUUAUGCAUUUUCUUGAUGUGUGUGUGUAUAGAGACAAAGCAGCCCAGAGGGACAAUGAGGAGGAUACAGCUGAUGAUCCCAGGAAACUGAAGCCUGGAGAGAUCGACCCCAACCCUGAAACCAAGCCCGCUAGGCCUGACCCUGUGGACAUGGACGAAGGUACACAAAUUGCAACUCUUCCUCGGCUCAUUGCUGUUCAGUCAACUUGCAUGGUUUAUUACAAUUAAAUAAAUAAGACCACACCAGCCAUUCCUGACUCGGUGUGUUUCUGUUUGUGUGUGUAUAGAUGAGCUGGAGAUGCUGUCUGAGGCCAGGGCUCGUCUGGCCAACACUCAGGGGAAGAAAGCCAAGAGGAAAGCCAGAGAGAAACAACUGGAGGAGGCCAGGUAUACGCACACCCACACCUUUUACACACCAGCACACAUCAGUGUUUCAAAUAAGAGCUGUGUCAUAUAAAUAUAACAAAUGCAGGAUUUGUCAUUUGUGAACUGCAUAACUUUCAGACAGACAUUUCUGAAUUUGCUGUCAUAGUGAGGGUACUCGAUUAAGCUGGCCAGGGUGCCCAGUGUGCGUGGUUUGCACCAGGUGAAAGGUGAUUGCAUUAAUUUUGGAACUGGGCUGCCUCCAGGCGUGAGCCCCGUUCUGGCCGACGGCGACGUCGUCUCAAAACAAAAGUGACGUAGGUUAAGCACGUGGAGUAAUGAGUAGGAUUCUGUUUUCACAUGCAAAAGUGAUUUAUUUUUAUAAAAAAUAUUUUGCCUUCCCAAUGAAAACUAGCUUGAAAAUUCAAACAUAUAUAUUUUAUGGAAAACAGAUGUAUGUUUCUAAACGAUGCAGCAUUCUGCCUUGUUGACAACAUGACCGAGUGACGCAGAUUACUGUUCAAUUUGAGCAGGGCGUGCCUCCCUCACCGGUUUCGCACGUUCAUGUGACGGGCCAUAGCCCGGUGCAACCCGGUCCAUCUUAAUCGAAUCCCCUCAAUGCCUACCACCAAAUCAAGAAAACGUUCAACCCUGACAAACAUGCACGCCCUCUCUUUCUCCUCACUCCCAGACGACUGGCAGCUCUACAGAAGCGCAGGGAGUUGAGGGCAGCAGGCAUCGAUGCUCAGAAGAAGAGGAAGAAGAAGAGAGGAGUGGACUACAAUGCUGAGAUCCCCUUUGAGAAGAAACCUUCUCAGGUAACACAUUACACACACAUACAUCAACGUGUGUGUGAUGUGUGUAUUAUUAGGGCUAAAUGUUUAUUAUGAUUCUAGGGUUUCUAUGACACUAGCAUGGAGCUCUACGACGGUCUGGAACCAAACUUCAAACGCUUGCGACAACAACACCUGGACGGAGAGCUACGCAAGUCAGUCGCACACACAUUCACUAUAACUCAACUUGACGAAUGCUACAUGUAUGAUCUGAUUGGGCUGUGUAUAGAUGGGAUAUUUUGACAGUUUGAAUGUGUGGAGGAGAGAGCUGUGUGUGUCUGACUAUGUGUGUGUCCUCAGUGAGAAGGAGGAGAGGGAGAGGAAGAGGGAUAGACAGAAGAUCAAGAAGAAGAAGGAAAGUGAUCUUCCGUCAGCCAUCCUGCAGACCAGCGGAGUAGCGGAGUUCACCAAGAAACGCAGCAAACUGGUGCUGCCCGCACCACAGGUAACAUCGCUAUGACUGUGUGUGUGUGCGCGCAAAUCUCUGAUGCAUAGCUACAGGAAAUAGUGCCAGUGAAGUUUGACUGUGUAUGUCUGAUGUUGUGUGCGUGUCUGACGCUGUGUGUGUUUGUCUUGACGUUGUCUGGCUGACGUGUGUGUGUAGAUCUCUGAUGCGGAGCUGGAGGAGGUGGUGAAGCUGGGUCAGGCUAGUGAAGUGGCUCGUCAGACCGCUGAGGAAUCUGGGAUCACUAACUCCGCCUCCUCAGCCCUACUGUCAGAAUACAGCCUUUCCAACAGCGCAAUGGCAACUGGGCUACGCACCCCCAAGACCCCUGCCGCGCAGGACAAGAUACUACAGGUACACACAUUCACUCUCCCCUUUUCUCUUUCUCAGGGUAUGAUAUCAAGCAAGCUGUCUAUGGUACAUAUCACCAUACAAUGUGAAUCAUAACAUCAAUUGAAUGCUAAUACAAUACCUCUGACAACAUAUCUCUCUCUCCAGGAGGCCCAGAACCUGAUGGCUCUAACUAACGUAGAUACUCCUCUGAAAGGAGGUCUGAACACUCCUCUCCACCAGAGUGACUUCUCAGGAGUCACACCCCAAAGACAGGCAGUACAGACACCGAAUACUGUACUGACCACACCUUUCAGGUACACACGCAAGCCGUUCGCACACACGCCAGCAGCAUACCACCUUGCAUCCCACUGCUGGCUUGCUUCUGAAGCUAAGCAGGUUUGGUCCUGGUCGGUCCCUGGAUGUUGGAGGGUCAGUAGGAGGCACUCUUUCUUCUGGCCUAAAAAUAAUAUCUCAAUUCCCCAGGGCAGUGAUUGGGGACAUUGCCUAGUGUAGGGUGCCGUCUUUCGGAUGGGACGUUAAAUGGGUGUCCUGACUCUGUGGUCACUAAAGAGCCCAUGGCACUUAUCGUAAGAGUAGGGGUGUUAACCCCGGUGUCCUGGCUAAAUUCCCAAUCUGGCCCUCAUACCAUCAUGGCCACCUAAUCAUCCCCAGCUUCCAAUUGGCUCAUUCAUCCCCCCCUCCUCUCCCCUGUAACUAUUCCCCAGGUCGUUGCUGUUAAUGAGAAUGUGUUCUCAGUCAAUUUACCUGGUAAAAUAAAAAAUACAUUAAAAAACACGCAAGCCAUUCACACACACACACACACAGUAAUUCUGUACUGACUAGUGACAAACACUGUUGCUGUUGUAGAACCCCGGGUCUGGGAUCUGAGGGCAGUAUGACCCCCCAGGGAGGGUUAACCCCUAAAGGACCGGGUACUGUGACCCCUGGAGUAACCCCUGGGCGCACCCCUCUACGAGACAAACUCAACAUCAAUACUGAGGAACAACUAGCAGACCCUGCCUACGCUAGACUUCUGGUAACACAAACUACCAUUGAAAUGGCUACUGUUUUCAGUUAGUUUUUCUGUGUGUGUGUAACUUUCUUUUCUGUGUGCGCGUAGCAACGAGAGUCGAGGGAGCAGCUGAAGCUGGGUCUGAUGUCGCUGCCGAUCCCCAAGAACGACUUUGAGAUCGUUCUACCAGAAAACGCAGAGACUGAACUGGAGGAAAUGGACACAGAGACCGGAUACAUAGAGGACGCCUCAGAGAUAGAGCUACGCAAACAGGUAACACUCAUACAGUCACACAGACCCACAUGCAUACAACUCAUAUAAAGCUCUGCUCUUGACUAUCCCCUUUUGUAACUGUGUUUGUUUGUGUGUUGCAGGCUGCUCGGGAUGCAGAGCAGGAGAAAGAGCUGAAGCUGAGACACACUGCUGUACAGAGGACUCUACCCAGACCAUCAGAGGUAAGCACACACACAGUGUGACUCUCUCACACACAGCGUUCUAGUGCUGCAUCACCUUCUCCCGGCCCCAACAUUAGCGACAAAACUAAUGCAUAAUUGUGUGUGUAGGUGAAUGAGUCUAUCCUGCGUCCGAUGGGAACAGAUCCUCUGUCAGAGCUGCAGCAGGCUGAGGAGAUGAUCAAGAAGGAGAUGAUCACCAUGCUGCACUUUGACUGUCUACACCACCCACCAGCCAACCAACAGGUACGUGUAUACAGUGCAUUCGGAAAGUAUUCAGACCCCUUGACGUUUUCCACAUUUUGUUACGUUACAGCCUUAUUCUAAAUUGGAUUAAGUUGUUUUUCCCCUCAUCAAUCUACACACAAUGCCCCAUAAUAACGAAGCUAAAACAGGUUUUUAGAAAGUUUUGCAAAAAAAUAAAUAAUAAACUGAAAUAUUGCAUUUACGUAAGUAUUCAGGCCCUUUGCUCAGUACUUUGUUGAAGCACCUUUGGCAGCGAUUACAGCCUCGAGUCUUCUUGGGUAUGACGCUACAAGCUUGGCACACCUGUAUUUUGGGGAGUUUCUCCCAUUUAUUCUCUGCAGAUCCUCUCAAGCUCUGUCAGGUUGGAUGGGGUGUCACUGCACAUCUAUUUUCAGGUCUCUCUAGAGAUGUUCGAUCGGGUUCAAGUCCGUGCUCUGCCUGGGCCACUCAAUGACAUUCAGAGACUUGUCCCGAAGCCACUCCUGCUUUGUCUUGGCUGUGUGCUUAGGGUUUUUGUCCUGUUGGAAGGUGAACCUUCGCCGCAGUCUGAGGUCCUGAGCGCUCUGGAGCAGGUUUUCAUCAAGGUUCUCUCUUUACUUUGCUCCGUUCAUCUUUCCCUAGAUCCUGACUAGUCUCCCAGUCCCUGCUGCUGAAAAUAUCCCCACAGCAUGAUGCUGUCACCACCAUGCUUCACCGUAGGGAUAGUGCCAGGCUUCCUCCAGACGUAACGCUUGGCAUUCAGGCCAGAGUUCAAUCUUGGUUUCAUCAGACCAGAGAAUCUUGUUUCUCAUGGUCUGAGAGUCCUUUAGGUGCCUUUUGGCAAACUCCAAGCGGGCUGUCAUGUGCCUUUUACUGAGGAGUGGCUUCCGUCUGGCCACUCUAACAUAAAGGCCUGAUUGGUGGAGUUCUGCAGAGAUGGUUGUCCUUCUGGAAGAUUCUCCCAUCUCCACAGAGGAACACUAGAGCUCUGUCAGAGUGACCAUUUGGUUCUUGGUCACCUCCCUGACCAAGGACCUUCUCUCCCAAUUGCUCAGUUUGGCCGGGCGGCCAGCCCUAGGAAGAGUAUUGGUGGUUCCAAACUUCUUCUAUUUAAGAAUGAUGGAGGCCACUGUGUUCUUGGGGACCUUCAAUGAUGCAGACAUUUUUUGGUACCCUUCCCUAGAUCUGUUCCUCGACACAAUCCUGUCUCGGAGCUCUACGGACAAUUCCUUUGACCUCAUGGCUUGGUUUUUGCUCUGACAUACACUGUCAACUGUGGGACCUUAUACAGACAGGUGUGUGCCUUUCCAAAUCAUGUCCAAUCAAUUGCAUUUACCACAGGUGGACUCCGAGUUGUAGAAACGGCUCACAGAUGAUCAAUGGAAACAGGAUCCACCUGAGCUCAAUUUCGAGUCUCAUAGCAAAGGGUUUGAAUACUUAUUUACGUUUUUAGGUAUUUAAGUUUUUUAUUUUUAAGAUAUUUGCUAAAAUGUCAACCUAUUUUUGCUUGGUUAUUAUGGGGUAUUGUGUGUAGAUUGAUGAGGUGGGAAUAGUAUUUAAUCCAUUUUAGAAUAAGGCUGUAACGUAACAAUGUGUAAAAAGUCAAGGGGUCUGAAUACUUUCCGAAUGCACUGUGUACACACACACACACACAGGGCUGCGUUUGGAGCGGAACUGAAGUACUUUGUUUAUUCCCCCACAGCGCAGCAAACAACGAGGCCCCGCCUCCACCUCCAAUAACGCAGAACACAUCGCCCACCUGGACAGACACCCCUACAAGCCAAUCAGCAAUGAGGAGCUGGCACAGGUAAAACAAACACAAACCCCUACUAGCCAGUGUUUCCUAAGAUCUAAUGUAGAUCAGUGUUUCCCAACCUGUUUCCCCUUCAAUGUCAAUGGUCUCCAUCUGCUGUGUUUUAGUCUAUUCUAGUAUGUCGCAAUCCUAAAAUGAAUAGGAAAGAUGGACACUGUCUAGAUGGAGUACUAGGGAUGGGUACGGUUAAUCGAAUAUCCGAACGGACGUUAGUAUUCGUUUGAGUUCAUUUAGGUAUUUUUUUUUUAGGUCUUUUAAACAACUAAAUAGCUUUGUCUAAAUUACAUUUUAAAUUAUCCUUGUGACAUUGUUACCUACAAGGAUAUACCAUGACAUUUGAAAUUCUUAAUUUAAUGAAAAAACAAACUUGAAUGUAUACUGAACAAAAAUAUAAACGCAACAAUUUCAAAGAUACAGUUCAUAUAAGGAAAUCAGUCAAUUGAAAUACAUUCAUUAGGCCCUAAUCUAUGGAUUUCACAUGACUGGGAAUACAGAUAUGCAUCUGUUGGUCACAGAUACCUUUAAAAAAAAAAAUAUAUAUAUAUAUAUAUAUAUAUAUAUAUAUAUAUAUAUAUAUAUAUAUAUAUAUAUAUAUAUACACAGUGGGGGGAAAAAAGUAUUUAGUCAGCCACCAAUUGUGCAAGAUCUCCCACUUAAAAAGAUGAGAGAGGCCUGUAAUUUUCAUCAUAGGUACACGUCAACUAUGACAGACAAAUUGAGAGAAAAAAUUCCAGAAAAUCACAUUGUAGGAUUUUUUAUGAAUUUAUUUGCAAAUUAUUGUGGAAAAUAAGUAUUUGGUCACCUACAAACAAGCAAGAUUUCUGGCUCUCACAGACCUGUAACUUCUUCUUUAAGAGGCUCCUCUGUCCUCCACUCGUUACCUGUAUUAAUGGCACCUGUUUGAACUUGUUAUCAGUAUAAAAAGACACCUGUCCACAACCUCAAACAGUCACAUUCCAAACUCCACUAUGGCCAAGACCAAAGAGCUGUCAAAGGACACCAGAAACAAAAUUGUAGACCUGCACCAGGCUGGGAAGACUGAAUCUGCAAUAGGUAAGCAGCUUGGUUUGAAGAAAUCAACUGUGGGAGAAAUUAUUAGGAAAUGGAAGACAUACAAGACCACUGAUAAUCUCCCUCGAUCUGGGGCUCCACGCAAGAUCUCACCCCGUGGGGUCAAAAUGAUCACAAGAACGGUGAGCAAAAAUCCCAGAACCACACGGGGGGACCUAGUGAAUGACCUGCAGAGAGCUGGGACCAAAGUAACAAAGCCUACCAUCAGUAACACACUACGCCGCCAGGGACUCAAAUCCUGCAGUGCCAGACGUGUCCCCCUGCUUAAGCCAGUACAUGUCCAGGCCCGUCUGAAGUUUGCUAGAGUGCAUUUGGAUGAUCCAGAAGAGGAUUGGGAGAAUGUCAUAUGGUCAGAUGAAACCAAAAUAGAACUUUUUGGUAAAAACUCAACUCGUCGUGUUUGGAGGACAAAGAAUGCUGAGUUGCAUCCAAAGAACACCAUACCUACUGUGAAGCAUGGGGGUGGAAACAUCAUGCUUUGGGGCUGUUUUUCUGCAAAGGGAUCAGGACGACUGAUCCGUGUAAAGGAAAGAAUGAAUGGUGCCAUGUAUCGUGAGAUUUUGAGUGAAAACCUCCUUCCAUCAGCAAGGGCAUUGAAGAUGAAACGUGGCUGGGUCUUUCAGCAUGACAAUGAUCCCAAACACACCGCCUGGGCAACGAAGGAGUGGCUUCGUAAGAAGCAUUUCAAGGUCCUGGAGUGGCCUAGCCAGUCUCCAGAUCUCAACCCCAUAGAAAAUCUUUGGAGGGAGUUGAAAGUCCGUGUUGCCCAGCGACAGCCCCAAAACAUCACUGCUCUAGAGGAGAUCUGCAUGGAGGAAUGGGCCAAAAUACCAGCAACAGCGUGUGAAAACCUUGUGAAGACUUACAGAAAACGUUUGACCUGUGUCAUUGCCAACAAAGGGUAUAUAACAAAGUAUUGAGAAACUUUUGUUAUUGACCAAAUACUUAUUUUCCACCAUAAUUUGCAAAUAAAUUCAUAAAAAAUCCUACAAUGUGAUUUUCUGGAUUUUUUUUCUUCUCAUUUUGUCUGUCAUAUUUGAUGUGUACCUAUGAUGAAAAGUACAGGACUCUCUCGUCUUUUUAAGUGGGAGAACUUGCACAAUUGGUGGCUGACUAAAUACUUUUUUCCCCCACUGUAUGGGCGUGUAUCAGAAAACAGUCAGUAUCUGGUGUAACCACCAUUUGCCUCAUGCAGCGCGACACAUCUCCUUCGCAUAGAGUUGAUCAGGCUGUUGAUUGUGGCCUGUGGAAUGUUGUCCCACUCCUUUCAAAGGCUGUGGGGAGUUGCUGGAUAUUGGCGGGAACUAGAACGUGCUGUCAUACACGUCUAUCCAGAGCAUCCCAAACGUGCUCAAUGGAUGACAUGUCUGGUGAGUAUGCAGGCCAUGGAAGAACUGGGACAUUUUCAGCUUCCAGGAAUUGUAUACAGAUCCUUGCGACAUGGGGCCAUGCAUUAUCAUGCUGAAACAUGAGGUGAUGGGGGCGGAUGAAUGGCACGACAAUGGGCCUCAGGAUCUCGUCACGGGUUUCGCUGUGCAUUCAAAUUGCCAUCGAUAAAAUGCAGUUGUGUUCGUAGCUUAUUCCUGCUCAUACCAUAACCUUAUCGCCACCAUGGGGCACUCUGUUCACAACGUUGACAUCAACAAACCGCUCGCCCACACGAUGCCAUACACAUGGUCUGCGCAUGUGAGGCCGGUUGGAAGUACCGCCAAAUUCUCUAAAACAACGUUGGAGGCAGCUUAUGGUAGAGAAAUGAACAUUCAAUUAUUUGGCAACAGCUCUGGUGGACAUUCCUGCAGUCAGAAUGCCAAUUGCACACUCCCUCAAAACUUGAGACAUCUGUGGCAUUGUGUUUUGUGGCAAAACUGCACAUUUUAGUGGCCUUUAUUGUCCCCAGCACAAGGUGCACCUGUGUAAUGAUCAUCCUUAAUCAGCUUCUUGAUAUGCCACCCCUGUCAGGUGGAUGGAUUAUCUUGGCAAAGGAGAAAUGCUCACUAACAGGGAUGUAAACAAAUGUGUGCACAACAUUUUAGAGAAAUAAGCUUUUUGUGCGUAUGGAACAUUUCUGGGAUCUUUUAUUUCUGCUCAUGAAACCAACACUUUACAUGUUGCAUUUAUAUUUUUGUUCAGUGUAUUUUUUAUAAUGGUGCAUUGAGCUACAGCUGGCCAUUUGGUCCUCCAGUCUGCCCUGACAUUAUUAUGCUGUUUUCCCCACUUCAAAUGGCAAUUACACGCGUACACAUAAUGUAGUUUCCACAAGACCUGAGAUCAAUGCAAAAUACUCACCAGAAAAUAUUUUUGGAUCAGAAUCAGUUUUAAAAUGGUGAAAAUCAUACUUUUCUUUCACUAUUGCUAUUAGCCAAACCUACAGAGAAAAGCACUUUGUCUGCAGUUUACCUCUGCCAUGUUAAUUUUUUGUCAUUUUGAUUGGUCAAGAGCGUAAAAAUAAAUAAAUAGCAUUUCCACUAUCGUCCGUGCUAUAUGGGAUCCUUAAGGAUGGGUUUAGAGUAGGGCCUCCCAAGGAUCCCGGAUAGCAUUGACUUUUUUACUAUCCAGAUAUCCGAAAAAAUUUAAUGAUUUUAUUUUAUGAGCAUCCCUAUAGAGUAGAGUAAAUUUAUUGUCCACGCAAUGUGGACGUUAGUGUGAAAUGCGUAAAUAAUCAAGUGUGUGUGACUUCUCCCAUCAGGCCAGUGAGUUGCUGAGCCAGGAGAUGGAGGUGGUGAGGGCAGGUAUGGGUCACGGGGACCUGUCCAUGGAGGCCUACAGCCAGGUGUGGGAGGAAUGUUACGGCCAGGUGCUCUACCUUUCUGCCCAGAGCCGCUACACCAGGGCCAACCUGGCCUCCAAGAAGGACCGCAUAGACUCCCUGGAGAAGAAACUAGAGGUGAGACUACAUGCACAUGCUAUCAUGUCCUUUUUACACUAGAAGCUGCUGAGCCAUAGGUAACUCAUGAUGUAGCUGUUAAGUGUGUGUGUGUGUUUAUCUGUGUAUUCCUAGAUCAACCGAGGCCACAUGACGUGUGAGGCCCGUCGUGCUGCUCGUCUGGAGCGCCGUCUCAAGGUGAAUAUAUACACUGAGUAUGAAAAUGUAUGCACUCACUAACUGUAAGUCGCUCUGGAUAAGAGCGUCUGCUAAAUGACCAAAAAAAACCAAAAAAAAAAAGUACUCUUUCUGUAUGUCUCUCUCUAAAGGUGUUUCUAGACGGUACCAUUGCUGUGCUGUAGGCCUGCUGAAGCAGCAUGGUGAACUGUGGGAGCAGUUAUAUGACGUGUGUGUGUAUAUAUAAUGUGUGUAGGUGUUACUAGGAGGAUACCAGUCCCGUGCUGUAGGCUUGCUGAAGCAGCAUGGUGAACUGUGGGAGCAGGUUGAGCAGGCAGCUACGGAGCUCCACACCUUCACUGUGCUGAAGAAACAAGAAGACACAGCGAUACCCCGCAGACAAGCGGUACACACACUCACACACCCCGCCAUAUCACACAAACACCAGACAUCUACACACACUGCAGCCUGUGAAGUUGCUUAUUGGACUUCAUUUUCUCUUUCUAGGCUCUUAGGGAGGACGUGGAGAGACAACAGGAGAGAGAAAAGGAGCUUCAGCAGAGAUAUGGAGACUUGCUGCUGGAGAAAGAAGCUCUGCUGUCUGUUAAAUACUAACACACACACGCUUACUAGACACCCCAUACAUGCUUUCUAUACACACAUAAAUCACUAACACAUAUUAUAAAAACAUGUUAAGCAAAUGCACACAUACUGGAGAAAGUGUCUGCUCAAACACAGGAUCAAAGCAACCCUCCUCUCCCCCUCUAAUUCUGUGACUUGGUAAAAAGAUGU